GGUCCAUUAAUAUUCGCAUAUUAAUUUAACGAAAAUGGCCGAUGGAAAAAAUCCCGACGAUUUGGCCACAGCUAUUCUCCGUAAAAAGGACCGUCCAAACAGGCUUUUGGUUGAGGAAGCUGUCAAUGAUGACAACUCAGUUGUGGCUCUUUCACAGGCAAAAAUGGAUGAAUUGCAGCUUUUCAGGGGGGACACAGUUCUCCUUAAGGGCAAAAGAAGAAAAGAAACAGUAUGUAUAGUACUUUCAGAUGAGACAUGUAGUGAUGAGAAAAUCCGGAUGAACAGGAAUGUUAGAAAUAAUUUGAGAGUUCGUCUAUCAGAUGUUGUGUCUAUACAGCCUUGCCCAGAUGUGAAAUAUGGUAAAAGAAUACAUGUAUUGCCUAUUGAUGAUACAGUGGAAGGACUUACAGGCAACCUGUUUGAGGUCUACCUGAAGCCUUACUUUCUCGAGGCGUACCGCCCCAUUCACAAGGAUGACGUAUUCAUAGUGCGCGGCGGCAUGCGCGCCAUUGAGUUCAAAGUGGUGGAAACUGACCCCGCCCCCUUUUGCAUCGUGGCCCCAGACACUGUCAUCCAUUGUGAUGGUGAUCCGAUCAAGCGUGAGGAAGAAGAAGAGGCCUUGAACGCAGUGGGCUACGACGAUAUUGGGGGCUGCAGAAAGCAGCUGGCCCAAAUCAAGGAGAUGGUAGAGCUGCCGCUGAGACAUCCCAGUCUAUUCAAGGCCAUCGGCGUGAAGCCUCCAAGAGGCAUUUUGCUGUACGGACCACCAGGUACGGGAAAAACUCUGAUCGCUCGCGCCGUCGCCAACGAGACCGGCGCCUUCUUCUUCCUGAUCAACGGGCCGGAGAUCAUGAGCAAGCUGGCCGGCGAGUCGGAGAGCAACUUGCGCAAAGCGUUCGAGGAGGCCGACAAGAACUCGCCGGCGAUCAUCUUCAUCGACGAGCUGGACGCGAUCGCGCCCAAAAGAGAGAAAACCCACGGAGAGGUGGAGCGGCGCAUCGUGUCCCAGCUGCUCACCCUCAUGGACGGCAUGAAGAAGAGCUCGCACGUGAUCGUAAUGGCCGCCACCAACCGGCCGAACUCGAUCGACCCAGCUCUGCGGCGUUUCGGCCGCUUCGACCGCGAGAUCGACAUCGGCAUACCUGAUGCCACCGGACGGCUGGAGGUGCUGCGCAUCCACACCAAGAACAUGAAGCUGGCCGAUGACGUCGAUUUGGAGCAGAUCGCCGCCGAGACGCACGGACAUGUGGGUGCCGAUCUGGCCUCGCUGUGCUCCGAAUCGGCGCUGCAGCAGAUCCGCGAGAAGAUGGACCUGAUCGAUCUCGAGGACGACCAGAUCGACGCCGAGGUGCUCAGCUCAUUGGCAGUCACCAUGGAGAACUUCCGUUACGCGAUGACGAAGAGCAGCCCGAGCGCGCUCAGAGAGACGGUCGUCGAGGUGCCGAACGUGUCGUGGGAGGAUAUCGGAGGGUUGCAGAACGUGAAGAAGGAGCUGCAAGAGCUGGUCCAGUACCCCGUCGAGCAUCCCGACAAGUUCCUCAAGUUCGGCAUGCAGCCGUCUCGAGGCGUGCUCUUUUACGGCCCGCCAGGGUGCGGUAAGACCUUGCUGGCCAAGGCGAUAGCCAACGAGUGCCAGGCGAACUUCAUUUCGGUGAAGGGGCCCGAAUUGCUGACGAUGUGGUUCGGGGAGUCGGAGGCCAACGUCAGAGAUAUCUUCGAUAAGGCCAGAUCUGCCGCCCCCUGCGUCCUCUUCUUCGACGAGCUGGACUCGAUCGCGAAGUCGAGAGGCGGCAACGUGGGAGACGCGGGCGGCGCCGCCGACAGGGUGAUCAAUCAAAUUCUCACGGAGAUGGACGGCAUGGGGGCCAAGAAGAACGUGUUCAUCAUCGGCGCCACCAACAGGCCGGACAUCAUCGAUCCGGCCAUCUUGCGACCCGGCCGUCUCGACCAGCUGAUCUACAUCCCCUUGCCCGACGAGAAGUCGCGCGAGGCCAUCUUCAAGGCCAACCUGCGCAAAUCGCCCGUCGCCAAGGACGUCGAUCUGGUCUACAUCGGCAAGGUCACGCACGGCUUCUCCGGCGCCGAUCUGACGGAGAUCUGUCAGCGCGCCUGCAAGCUCGCCAUCCGCCAGUGCAUCGAGACGGAGAUCAGGAGGGAGAGGGAGAGGGUGGAGAACCCCAAUGUCGCUAUGGACUUGGACGAGGACGAUCCGGUGCCGGAGAUAACGCGUGCGCAUUUCGAGGAGGCGAUGCGCUUCGCUCGGCGCUCCGUCUCCGACAACGACAUCCGCAAGUACGAGAUGUUCGCGCAGACGCUGCAGCAGUCGCGCGGCUUCGGCACCAACUUCCGCUUCCCCACGGCGGCGGGGGGCCCGGCCGCCCCGGGGGGCACCGGGGGGGAUCAGGCCAACUUCCAGGACGAUCCCGAGGACGACCUGUAUAGCUAGGCGGGUUGCCGGGGGGGAGAGAUGGAGUUGGAGGGCUGGAGGGAGCCGAUUUUAUUUUUUUGUAUUUAUUUACAAUUGAAAUACUUUGGUUAGAUAACGAUAUUUGAAUAUUAUUAUUGAAGAGUUCGUAUGUUGAUUGAUAGUUUUUUGGAAUAUGAUAAAAGUUUGAC